UUUUCCCUUCCAUAUAAACUUGUGUUGUUGCACUGUGCAUUUCUUCUUCCUUAUUCUCUCCCUUGAUCAUCAACCCAAAACGCUGUCGUUUCGAUCUCUGCAGCGUUCCUCUCUUCCUCUCACGCGCGACGCCACACCAACCUCUCUCUGAAUCUCUGCUUCUUCUGGACACCAAGAAUUAAGGGGAGUAAAAGAGGACACAGAGAGCAACCUACAAAAGCACUAUAGUCAAGAUCCCAUAAACUUGCUAGUUCUGUUUUGCCAACAAUGGACAGACGAAGAAACUCCACUAGGCCAGUAGCCUUGUCCCCCCCUUCUAUCACUGCCACCACCACCAUAACAAUUCAAAACUCUGAUGCGUCGUCCUCUUCAUCUCAGCAUGAGCAACAGCAACCAGAAGUCCUUUACCUCCCCCUCAAUCGCAAGAAGAAGAAGGUCUCGUGGAAAGAGGGCACCGUAGACAAUGAGUUCAUGCAGAAGAAGAGUUCCAAGAAGUGCUGUAUCUUCCAUAAAGAGAAGCCCUUUGAUGAAGAUGAUAGUGAUGAGGAUGACAUACCGCAUCACUCUGAUCAUCAUCCCCAUGAUCAUGGUGACGGUGGGUUUUGUUGCAAGAAUCAUGAUGAAGCUGGCCCAAGCAGUUAGGGUUCUGAUUGAUCAGAGUGGCUAUUAUUGAACCAACAAAUGCAUACAUUUUGCAGUGUAAAUGUUUCUAUAAGUGGAAGGAAUUACUUAAUUUUGGUUGUAAGGAAAUUAUUUCAUCAUUUCAUCGGGAUUAGAGGAAUGUUUAGCUUAAGUAUUGAUAUGAACUACUAUCUUUUAUACUUUCAGUGUUUCAUAUUCUAUUUUAGUCAUCUUGUUAUUGCUA